UACUGAGGGAAGGUACAAAAGCGAGCUAUGAUACAGGAAUCAACUGAAUUUGACCUCCUACCAUGUGUCGCGGCGUCCGCACCGCUAUAAUGACGUCACGGAUUCGAUACCGCGUAACCUUUGCCUAGUAGGUAACACAAUCUUCCGGCAAUGCUAGUCUCCGGGAUGACUGCUCUUACGUCCUAUGAAAUCCCUACACAUAUAUAUACCCAGCCUCCAUUGCGCUACUGGAAGUAUCAAUUCCUUGGUCUGCGUUGAGCCAUCGUGGCACCACAUCAACAUCGCAAUUAUCUGGAAUGCAUUGCAUCUCGAGAUUGGAUGACUUGGUCGAUGAUAUUCUCAUACAGAUAUUCCAGGCAUUAUCUGUGCGAGAAAUCUUGACACUGAGACGAACAUCCCAACGUUACUAUUCUCUGUCUAAGCUUCACUGCGUUUGGUAUGCGGCAUUCUGUACUGAAGUAUUGGCCCGCCACCUUCCACCCCCCGGUCCUUCGCGCUCUCUCCGUGCUCUGUCUUCUGCAGAUCUAGAGUACCGCACAUUAUUGGCUCUUUCCCUCGAGAGACGUUGGUCACGAUCCACGGCAAAUGUCAUUGUUUCGAACAGAGAUCGAGAGAUUGUUGACCAGAUUGUGCUUAUCCCUGGUGGAAUGCAGAUCUUGACCGUCCAUGGAAAUAAGGUGGUGUAUUGGCUGAUCUCCGAGCAGUCAGGAGCCUCACAUGAGCUUCAAAAAGUUGGAGAGUGGUCAUCACCAAGUGAUGAUGCGUGCAUAGUCUUGAAGGACAUAGAGCGCCAUGGAAUCAUUGCCAUCGGCUGUAGAGACCAACCAAAUCGGCACGCUACCAUGUUCUCGCUCUCCUUGGAGCCUGCUCUCAGCAAGCUGUGCGACAGCUUGUCCGUUCCUGGGAUUGUCGCGGGGGUAUCGCGGCACCUCCUUUUCCUGGAUACCACGUCACAGCAUGAUGAGGGCGGUCUUGAGCUCCUAGAUUGGCAUGCUCAGACAGAGGGCACUGCCCUUCUCCCGCGUAUACCCGAUCUGUUCGGUGCCUUCUUAGGCUUCGUCCAUUUCUCAGACCAAAUCCUUGUAGCGUGGGAGACAUGCAUUAGCGUGUUCCCGGUACCCGACAUACCGACCCAAGGACGGACGGUGGUCGCGCAUACCAAAGUAUUUAUGUUGUCUGAGCACAUCAGCUCGCCUAUCGCCUUCACAACUUGUGUUUCCCGAGGUUGGUCUGGUGCAGAUGCUCCGGUGUAUGCGCCAUCGAUGGAGACACCUUCGCUCACAAUUGCUGCGCGUGGCAAGUCGGGUGGGAUUACUCUGUCAAUGCUCAUUCGGCUAGACAACGACGAGGGUGCAAAAUAUGCAUCCAGUUUCCCAUACCGGCUUCUCCGACUAUCUUCAUUCGUUCCGGAUGUACUUGGAGAUAGAGAAAGGGGUGAAGGGGUGAAGGGGUGCACGCAAAUAUGCAUGAGAUCGUCGGGGCGCGGGCUGUACGUGUUUGGGGGGAAGGUGCGACUGUGCGGGCCAAAUCUGUUGUUCAUGCCCCCGUUUGAGAUGCAGUUUGGUCCUGAAUUUGAGAUGGGAGAGGCUAUAUAUGAGAUGGAAGCUGGUGGUGAUGGUCUUCGUGGUGACAUGGUGGACUUUGACGAGGGAAUGGGGCGGUUUGUCGUUGCGAGGGGAAGCGGGGGCUUUGAUGUGAUACAGCUGCUGUGACUGGCCGUGUAGGAUGGAACAUUGUAUUGUAACUCAAUUGCUUAUGCGACCGAGGACGGACAUCACGUGCUCCCGGCAUUCACCGAC